AUGGAGGUAUAUAACGUAGAAGAACUCUGCUUUCCACAGCUCUACAAUACUUCGUGUAGGAAGCCAAAGAUGUCAAGGAACCCGCUUGUGUUUCUGCUCUUUUUCAUCAGUGUGCUCACUGCGACACUCAAUCUGCUUGUUAUCAUUUCUGUCUCCCAUUUCAGGCAGCUUCAAAAAACCACCAACUUCCUGCUUCUGUCUCUGGCCAUAUCAGAUUUCAUGGUGGGCCUUGUUCUCUGUCCAGGUGAAGCUGUCAAACUAACAUCUUGCUGGCUUCUUGGUGAUGUCAUGUGUUUACUGUACAUACAUAUUGUCAGUAUGAUUUCCUGUGUGUCAGUUAUAAAUGUCGUUCUCAUAUCUGUUGACCGCUAUGUGGCUAUAUGUUACCCUCUGCAUUAUCACAGGAGAAUCACUGUGACAAGAAUACGACUGUGUAUCAGUCUGUGCUGGAUUUAUUCAGCUUUAUACUGCGUUACAUUUGUGAAGGAUGGCGUAAGUGGGAAACAGGCUUCUUGUCAUGGAGAGUGUUUGUUUUUCAUGGAUUUUGGUGCUGCAGUUUUAGAUCUAAUUAUAACCUUUACGGUUCCAGUUACGGUCAUCAUAGUUCUCUACACCAGAGUGUUUGUAGUGGCCAUUUUUCAGGCCCAAGCCAUCCGCUCCUCUGUUACAGCUGUGUCCCUGCAGCGUUCAACAACAGUAGGAAAAUCUGAGCUGAAAGCAGCCAGGACUCUUGGUAUUUUAGUUGUUGUGUUUCUAAUAUGUUUCUGUCCAUUUUACUGUGCUGCUCUAGGAGGUGAUGUAUCGUUUUACACGUCUGUUGCUGUGCUGUGUCUUUUUUGCAUUAGCUCUUGUCUUAACCCUUUAAUCUACGCCAUGUUUUAUCCCUGGUUCAGAAAAGCAAUUAAACACAUUGUGACACUGAAGAUAUUCCAGUCUGGCUCCAGUAAAGCCAAUAUACUGUAG